AGCCGCUGCAGGAAGGACCGCUUCCUGCGCUCCCCGCCCCUUCCCUCGCCAGAGCUGACGCUGACGUCGGCGCAGGGAGCUGGAGGGAAGCUCCGAUCUCCGCCGGGAGGCUCCGAGGGGCCGGGGCUCCGAGGUUUAAUAUAACAUAUCAUAUCAUGCUUUUUCUCUGCCCCUUCUCAAAUCAUCAACAGUAGAAAAAGAAGAAGACAUGUCAGGACACAAAUGCAGUUAUUCCUGGGAGCUGCAGGACCGGUUUGCUCAAGAUAAGUCAGUUGUCAAUAAGAUGCAGCAGAAGUAUUGGGAAACGAAGCAGGCCUUUAUCAAGGCCACAGGGAAGAAGGAAGAUGAGCAUGUUGUUGCCUCUGAUGCAGACCUAGAUGCCAAGCUAGAGUUAUUCCAUUCAAUUCAAAGAACCUGUUUGGACUUGUCUAAAGCAAUUGUACUGUAUCAAAAGAGAAUAUGUUUCUUGUCUCAAGAAGAAAACGAACUGGGAAAAUUUCUCCGAUCCCAAGGCUUCCAAGAUAAAACCCGAGCAGGAAAAAUGAUGCAAGCCACAGGCAAGGCCCUCUGCUUUUCCUCCCAGCAAAGGUUGGCUUUGCGAAACCCUUUGUGUCGAUUUCACCAAGAAGUGGAGACUUUUAGACAUCGGGCCAUCUCUGAUACCUGGCUGACCGUGAACCGCAUGGAGCAGUGCCGGACAGAAUACAGAGGGGCGUUAUUAUGGAUGAAGGACGUGUCUCAGGAACUUGAUCCAGACCUUUACAAGCAAAUGGAGAAGUUCAGGAAGGUUCAGACACAAGUACGCCUUGCAAAAAAAAACUUUGACAAGUUGAAGAUGGAUGUGUGUCAGAAGGUGGAUCUCCUUGGAGCAAGCAGAUGCAAUCUCUUAUCUCACAUGCUAGCAACAUACCAGACUACUCUGCUCCACUUUUGGGAGAAAACUUCUCACACCAUGGCAGCCAUCCAUGAGAGCUUCAAAGGUUAUCAACCAUAUGAAUUCACAACUCUAAAGAGCUUACAAGACCCCAUGAAAAAGCUAGUUGAGAAGGAAGGGAAAAAGAACACGCCGCGGAGGGAAAACCCGGAGGCUGCGUCGCAGGAGCCGAGGCAGUUAAUUUCUUUGGAGGAUGAGAACCAGCACAAAGAAUCUUCCACUUGUCAGGCUGAAGAUGGGAAAAGUAUCUUGUCUUCUAGAGACAAAAGCUCCGCACCUGAUGCAUGCUCAGGACCAAUAGAUGAACUAUUAGAUAUGAAACCUGUAGAAGCUUGCCUGGGUUCCAUGGCAGGGACCCCAGACGCAGAAGGUGUUGACAAGGAUGACCUGCUGCUGUUGAAUGAGAUCUUCAGUGCUUCCUGCCUGGAUGAAGGAGAGUUCAGCAGAGAGUGGGCUGCUGUGUUUGGAGAGGACCGGCUAAAGGAGCCAGCCCCUGAGGGGGCCCAGGGAGAGCCAGAACCCAAGCCCCAGCUAGGCUCUGGAUUCCUUCCUUCGCAACUUUUAGACCAAAACAUGAAAGAUCUCCAGGCCUCUCUCCAAGAGCCUGCCAAGGCUGCCUCGGACCUGACUGCCUGGUUCAGCCUCUUUGCUGACCUCGACCCCUUAUCAAAUCCUGAUGCUGUUGGGAAAACCGAUAAAGAACAUGAAUUGCUCAAUGCAUGAGUCUGCAACCUGCAACAGGGAGCCCUCGGGCCACUCCGCAGCACCUCGUCCGGGGCUUGCAGAAGUCUAACUUGCUCAGUAUGCUGUUUUAAUAUUUACGUGCCAUUUUAAUAAAAUGAGAGGGUCAAGGCCCUGUUUCUAUCGGUA